CCUGUCCUAAUAAUCCCAAAUAACUAUAUAAAGCCCGUGGGACCAUUUUGUAUAUUGAUUAGAGAACUGAACAUGUAACUCAGUUGCUAGUUUCCAUAAGUGGCCAGUUAAAGUCUUAGGCUGGCUACUGCUUUUGGUCAGGAACUUAAGCAAAGUUCUUCAUCUCAACUGUAGAUAAACUAUGGUAUAAAUUUGCCCUCAAUGUGUUUACUAAUAUGUGAUUCUUAAAGCAGAAGCUUUCCAUAAAGGGACUAUGUUACAAUGAUCAUUCAACUGUUGCAUUCAAGCAUCAGUCACCAGAAUGCCUAAUCUGAAAUAUAGAAUGAUCUGUUUAAAAUUUGACAAUCCUAAUUAGGAAUGUGCGGUGGUUCUCCAUUGUUUCCUAUCAUUAAUAUCUAUACUUCAGAGCUGAGAAACAACCCAUGAAACCAGUAGGGAAUGUUUUUUUUAAAUGUAAACUGUAGGACCAGUAUAAUCUCUGAAGCAGUUGAAGCUCAUUAGACAGCUAACAGUGUGUGGCUCUGUGGAGUGUUUUUAUUUUUCUUUUUUUUAAUCCCAUGAUUAUUCUCCCCUCACGGAAAAGAAUAAAACUUCGCUGUGGUUGGCGAUGGUGUUCACUUGCAAAGAACAGAUUGUGAAUGGCUGGGUCUUUUGAAAAGAGCAUUUUUCAAAAAGAAGUGUGACAACAGGAGGAAAAAUGGAGAACUCAUCUGAUGUAUUGACACUCUCUGGAUUGCAAGAAGCAAGAACAUACAGAUACAUUUACUUUUCCUUGACUCUCUUUAUUUACCUACUGAUUAUCAUAUUUAACUUCACCCUGAUCUUCAUAAUCUGCUUGGAGAGGGACUUGCAUGAGCCCAUGUACAUCUUCCUGUGCAAUUUGUGCAUUAAUGGACUAUGGGGCACUGCUGGGUUCUACCCCAAAAUCCUACUGGACAUUCUCUCGGAUGUUCAUGUCAUCUCGUACAGCGGCUGUGUGGCACAGGAAUUUGUAAUCUACACUUUUGUCAUGUGUGAGAUACCGCUGUUAACUGUGAUGUCAUAUGACAGGUAUGUGGCAAUUUGCAGGCCAUUAGAAUUCCACACAAUCAUGACCCCCCUGAUGGUAAGAAGACUGUUGCUAUGUGCCUGGCUUCUUCCAAUGACUGAGGCAUUGGUCGCUCUUUCUUUAACACUGAGGCUUCCUCUGUGCGGCUAUCACAUUGACAAGCUGUACUGUGACAAUGGGUUCAUAAUGAAACUGUCAUGUGUCCCCACCACCCCCAAUGCUGCGUGGGGGAUAGUUAUAGUGUCUGUGCAUGUCUCACAUGUAUUACUGAUACUGUAUACCUACGUGCAUAUAGUAAGUGUUUGUCUGCGAUCUAGUGAGGGGAGGGUCAAGUUCAUGGAGACCUGCGUGCCACACCUAGUAACCAUAGCCAGUGUUCUUGCCGCAACACUCUUUGACCACAUGUACAGCAGACACAACUCUAAAGUCCUUCCUCUCAGUUUGCGCAACUUCAUGGCUGUAGAGUUCCUGGUGGUUCCCCCUCUGUUCAACCCCAUUGUGUAUGGACUCAGAAUGAAGCUGAUACGCACCAGAGUCAGCAGGCUCUUUAGAAACACCACUGAGUCACUCAGAUUUGGAGGUAGGACAGAGUGGCAUGAAAAGUGAAUCUGCCACACACAUGGAGAUGGGUCUAUUCAGAGAAUGUAAAUGCAUCUGACAACAGACAGCGAAAGUGGCCAGUACAGAUCAAACAGCAAUUAAAUGGUUAGAAAAUAAAAUUUCUAAUGCUUGGAUUGUUGUUGUUUUAACCCUUUAGACAGCUGUAAAAUCCUACAGACUAUAUUAAGAAUCAUUUGUAAAGAAAAUCACUAGAUAAGUAACAUGUUUCACUGUAAUUUCACAGUGAAUCUGUGUGACAAAAACAGUCACCAAGAUGCUUGGUUUUAAAACAGUGUUAAAUCAAUUCUAAUAAAGUACAUUUUAUUCUGAUCAA